UACACAAUGAGAACAUGCAGUCUCUUCCUACAAAAGGGCCUUCCUUGCAGGCCAGGACAGUCAUCUUGGGGAGACCCCGCCAGGAAGAUGGCAACCAACCCCAGGGACUGAGUGAGACCCACCAGCCUCGGCAAAAUGGAAGAGGCUUCAAAAAGACUUGGGUAACAGUUAACACUGACAAAUUAGACAGAAAAUAAUUCUCCCAUAACGGACUUUGUGGAACGGAGCGGCCUAUUUAAAUCAGUUUGGUUUGAGCUUAGAAAGAUUGUGUGAGACUUGCACAAGAUGGCACUGGUGUCUUCAUUCAUGGAUGUUUAACAAAACUGUGCUAUUUGUGGCCAGAACUGUCGAUGUAGUGUAGCUACACGCUGUCUGCUUGAGUUCAUUUGUACGCACAUGAAAUGUCGGGAGACACCAGCACCCUGUCUUGGAGGAGCAUGUCUCCCACGGGCCAAUCUAAGACCCUGGACAUGUCUCCCACAGCAAUUGCCUGCGGGAGCAGCAUCUUUCCGGUGAAGAUUAUCAAAGUGUGUUUCCUCAGCAACAGUUUCAACCUCGGCAAGAACUUCAAACUGGUUCGGUGCGACGAAGGAAUGACAGUCAGGGAUGUCAUCAACAUUGUCCUGUCUAGUGGCCGCUUGGGUCCUGGCAUAAUACACACCCAGUGUUACGGUCUCCUUCUCAAGCACCUCAAGUCAUCUGAGAUACACUGGUUGCACCCGGACCUGACCAUGACUGAACUCACACAGCGUUAUGAACAACAGCACCUGGAGGCCGAGUGGAGAUAUGACUUAAGGAUCAGAUACAUUCCAUCAGAUUUCUUGGCAAAAUUCCAGGAGGACAGAACCACCAUCCUCUACUUUUACCAGCAGGUACGCAGUGACUAUAUGCAGAAGUUUGCCUCUAAAGUCAGUGAUGGGAUGGCUCUUCAGCUUGGUUGCCUGGAGAUUAGGAGAUUCUGCAAAGACAUGAAUCCAAAUGGACUAGAGAAAAAAUCAAACUUUGAGCUGCUAGAGAAAGAUGUGGGACUUGACUUGUUCUUUCCAAAAGAGCUUAUCAACAGUAUGAAGCCAAAGCAGCUGCGUCGCAUGAUCCGGCAGACAUUUCAAGGCUACGGCACUCUGGACCAAGAACAGUGCAUGGUCAAGUUCUUCAGCACGCUGGCUCAGUGUUACAGCUAUACACAGGAGAGAUUUGCCUGUCAACUGGUGCAUGGUUGGCAUGUAACAAUAGACCUGGUCAUUGGAUCUGAAGGUAUCAGUCAGCAAACUGACAAUUCAACACCCGUCCGUCUGGCCACAUUCUCUCAGGUGAGCAGUAUUUCAUUCUCUGCAGAGAGCCAUGGCCGAGCUCUGCUCACUGUGCACAUAGAGGGCACCAAGCAGCCUCUGUCAGUGAGUACGGAGUCAAUGGCUGUAGCAGAAAACAUGGCCAACCUAAUUGAUGGCUUCUGUCAGAUCGAGUGCUCUCCCCCUCAGGGUUCGCUCAUUAGCAGGCCUAGAAAAGUGAGAUCGAAACUGCCUGACAUUCCAAAACACAUUGAUUCGAAUGGACCCAAUAGAGGUUCAGACAUUUAUGUUGAGAUUCCUGAGAAUACAACAGACCCAUGUGAGAAGCAUAGGAUCUCCCGAGCUGAUGUAAAUGUAGGUCAGAUCCUGGGUGAGGGUUUCUUUGGAGAGGUUCAUGAUGGUGUGUAUAAAAGCAAGACAGGCGAGACGAUCCAAGUAGCUAUCAAAACCUGUAAGGACUGCUCAGCAGAUGUGAAGGAAAAGUUUCUCAGUGAAGCUGGGCUGAUGAAAAAUUUGGACCACCCCCACAUUGUGCGCCUGAUUGGAGUAAUUAAUAUUGAUCCGGUCUGGAUUGUCAUGGAACUCUGUCAAUAUGGAGAGCUGGGGAAAUACCUGAAGGAGCAGAAAUAUAUCUUGACAACUGAAACAUUAAUCCUAUACUGUCUGCAAAUCUGCAAAGCCUUGUGUUAUCUUGAGGGCCUCAACAUGGUGCACAGAGAUAUAGCAGUGAGAAACAUCCUUGUGGCAUCUUCUGACUGUGUCAAGCUCGGUGACUUUGGUCUGUCUCGUUACAUUGAUGACCAAGAGUAUUACAAAGCAUCUGUUUCGCGAAUGCCAAUCAAGUGGAUGGCGCCAGAAUCCAUCAACUUUCGUCGGUUCACCAUUGCCAGUGAUGUCUGGAUGUUUGGUGUGUGUGUGUGGGAGAUCUUCUCCAUGGGCCAACAACCAUUCUUCUGGUUGGAAAAUGGACAGGUGAUCAUCCAGCUGGAGUCCGGCACCCGACUUCCUAAGCCGUUGUCGUGUCCGCCCAUUGUCUACUCUCUACUGACCAGCUGCUGGACCUAUGAGCCGUGCAUCCGUCCCAGCUUCAGCCAGCUCAUGUGCUCCCUGAGGGACAUUCUCAAAAUUGAAGAGGCAGGAACACUUCACUGCAUCACUUCUAGCUCGCCACUGGACUAUGACCACUCUGAGCCUCCCCCAAAGCCAUCCAGAGUACCCCCCGACUGGUGCCAUAUCUCACAUGUUCAGGGAACCUGGGAUGUGCCAUUUAUGGACAAAGAGCAAGAACAAAUUGAUGACACUCUGCAAAGGCAAAAAAGAGAGAUGGUCGCGGAUAGACAGUGGCUAGAGCAGGAGGAGCAACAACUGGUGAUGCACUCACACGGACACACACAUGUUCACACACACAUUCAAAUGGAUGUUAUGUUUGUCUUGCAGGAUCCUGCUGUGCGACAAGCCUCAAAUGCAAAGCCGUCCAGAGUAUCCCCCGACUCGUGCCAUAUCUCACAUGUUCAGGGAACCUGGGAUGUGCCAUUUAUGGACAAAGAGCAAGAACAAAUUGGUGACACUCUACAAAGGCAAAAAAGAGAGAUGGUCGCGGAUAGACAAUGGCUAGAGCAGGAGGAGCAACAACUGGAUCCUGCUGUGCGACAAGCCUCAAAUGCAAAGGUUCCAGUGAAAAAUCCAUCUGAUGGUUCUCAACCAACAACCCCGGCGUCUCCUGACGUCACAUUGUGUUGUCCCACAGCUGAAUUGGACCGAUCAGAUGAUCAGGUUUACUCAAGUGUCAUGGCUCUAGUCAGACAGGUGGUGCAGCUGAAGAAUGAGGUCAACAUGCUGCCUGCCACAGAGUACCCCAACGCUGUCAGAGCGGUUGGUGUCACUCUGCGAAGCCUCAUCCAACACGUUGAUGAUGUCAUGCCUUCCCUGGACGGCUCAGUUGCAAACGAGAUCACAGGCACAAAGAAGCUGCUGAACAAGGAUUUGGGGGAGUUGAUCAAUAAAAUGAGAUUGGCCCAGCAGAACUCAAUGACAACGCUGAAACAGGAGUGCCAACGACAGAUGCUGGCUGCCGCACACACGCUGGCACUGAACUCCAAGAACCUACUGGAUGCAGUGGACCAGGCCCGUGCCAGGGCCAACCUGGUCAAGCAGAGACAGGAUGAAAACAGAUCAGGGGAUUAAGGGGUGGUCCACUAUUGCAGUCUCGAAUAUAAGGCCCAAAGUACAUUAAACAAGAGAAGUAUGUGAUGUAGAAAUGAAGAUUUGUUUGAACUGAAUUUUAAUGUUUGAUUAAAAUUGGAUAUUGCCACAAAA